UGAUAAGGCCUACGGAGAGUGCCCAAAACAAGAUGUCAAAAUAGUCAUCGGAAAUUCAAAUGCGCAGAUCGACAGAGAAACUUUCUUUCGGCCUGUCAUUGGAACGGAAAGCCUUCAUUCUGUUACCAACGAUAAUCGUCUGCGCCUUGUGACAUUCGCUGCUGCUAGAGGGAUUGCAAUCAGCAGUACCUACUUCGCACGUAAGAAUAUCCGAAAACACACCUGGCAACACCCGAGUGGUGACACUUGCUCCCAGAUAGACCACGUGCUGGUCGACGGGCGACAUUUCUCGGACGUCAUAGAUGUGAGGUCCUACAGAGGCCCGAACAUCGACUCGGAUCAUUAUCUUGUAGCCGCUAAAAUUCGGGCGCGAUUAUCCAGCGUCACGAGUUCAAGAAACAACAGGACGAUGCGUUUCAAUAUCCAGCGCUUGUCAGCCGAAGGGGUUGCUGUACAGUACCAUCAGAAGCUAGACGAGAGGAUAGGAGAGACCAACGGAUCUGGAGAUGUCAACAGCUUAUGGGGAAGUAUCCACGAAGCAGUGACAACAACAGCGCAAGAGGUGAUUGGUACCGCUCAGCGACGCCAACGUAAUGGUUGGUUUGACGAGGACUGCCAACGAGUGACGAACGAAAAGAAUGCCGCCAGAAGUCGAAUGCUAGUGGCCGGACCAGGCAGAACAGAGAUCGGUACAGGGUUGCAAGAGCAGAAGAGAAACAAAUCCACCGCAGGAAAAAAAAACGGCAACACGAAGAGAGUGUUAUUGCUGAAGCGCAGGAAAGUAUGGACAGGAAAGAUAUGCGGAGGUUUUAUGCAACUGUCAAUGGCGCGCGGCACAAGACUGCGCCAGUUCCCGCCAUGUGCAAUGGCCGGGAAGGAAAUUUGCUGGCAGACAAAACAAUGGUGGCAGCCAGGUGGAAGGAGCACUUCGAAGAUUUGUUGAAUGGUAGCAGCGAAGGAGCACCCAGGAACAGGACUAACAUAAUGGAUGACAGUCAAGCAGUGGAACCACCAACACUGGAUGAGGUUAAAAAGGCCCUUAAGGAGCUGAAAAACAGCAAGGCUGCAGGAAAGGACGAGAUCCCGGUCGAACUUCUUAAGCACGGAAGCGAGCAGCUACAUCAAUCAAUCCACCAAAUUAUUAUAAAGAUUUGGGAGGAUGAAGCAUUGCCGCCCAGUUGGUUGGAUGGCCUCAUAUGCCCAAUCUACAAGAAAGGGCACAAACUGGAGUGUGCCAAUUAUAGAGGGAUUACGCUUUUAAAUUCGGCGUAUAAGAUACGGCCGCGUGUCCUGUUCAACAGACUGCGACCUCUUGAGGAGUCCUUCGUCGGCGAAUACCAGGGUGGUUUUCGUGAGGGUCGAUCAACGACGGAUCAAAUGUUUGUCCUGCGGAUGAUCCUAGAUAAAUUUCGGGAAUAUAACUUGCAGACUCACCAUCUGUUCAUUGAUUUUAAGGCAGCGUACGAUUCAGUGAAAUGAAAUGAGCUUUGGCAGAUAAUGUCAGAACAUGGUUUCCCGGCGAAACUAAUUAGACUGAUACGCGCAACGAAACGGAAGGGUGGAUCUGAAAAGGCUGGCCCGUCACGGAUAGAAGGGAACAGGGGGUUGCGACCGUUAUUAGACCCUCAGCAAUCACAGAGUUGGGCAGACAAAUGGGAGGACCCCCCUUAGACG